AUGCCAGAGCUACCUCGCAGAGCACACUCCGUCGUUCCCGCAGACGAUCCGUCGGCAUGCCCGUCGGGCUCAGCGAGGUCAGCGUCGAAGGCGGCUCGAAACCCUGCAUCGAACCCUCCGCAGCUUCCGACGGAGGGCUUGUGGACCAGCCCGGGCGCAAGCGAUGCAUCCUGGAAGUUGCUCGACGUGAACCUUAUCAUCGUCGGCAGCGGGCCGGUCGUCGAGCAGUUGCUGCAAAGGCGAUUCGAGGCUGGCGGGCGGGCCUGCCUUCUUUGGACACACGUUUCACCACAGCAAAUCCCGAACGGGACCCUGUUGGAUCACGACUUGGCACCUUUUGACGAGGAGACUUUCAUCUGGCAGCCGCCGCCAGCCGACAGUUCCUGCGAAGAGGUGAUCCGCUUGCAGCGCAAGUUUGGCAGUUGGGACUACGGCUACAUGCGUUCUGGUCCUGAUGUUGUGGCUUUACCUGACGGAGGUCGCUAUGAGCUGCUUUUGGACAGCCAGGAUCGAGUCGUUGGCAUACGCGUGCUGGUGAACGAUGUCCUGUCUUGGCAGAUGUCAGGUGCUGUGAUGUUUGCAGAUGCUACGGGAGUAGACAGCGAAGGACAUGUGCAGCAAGUGAACGUCGGCGUGCAGCAAGAGGAGGCAAAGCCCUUGAUCUUUACGCCCAUGGGCGGAAUGUCGUACUUGGCAGGCGUCGUGGCCUACAUCCUCGGCCUCAUCAUGUCAACCGGAGUAAUCCUCAUCAACGAGCGGAGCGUCCAGCCGGAGCAGGUUGACUGGUGGUGGGUUGCCUGGCGGGGCAUGACGUUUGGCGGGCAGGUUUGGACGCAGGUGUUAGUCGACGGCCUCCUCGGCUACAAGCAGCCCUUCCUGGACGCCGCUGUGGUGACAUUCUUCGGUGCGGUAGUGUGGUCCUUGGGCGAGUUGUUGAUCACGCUGUUCUUUCAAGAGUGGCGUCCCAUGUAUUUCGUCCACCAAGCAUGCUUGUAUGAGAUGUCCUGCUUGUUCCAGUUGGCUAGCAGCUUCCUUCGAGCCCGUUGGGGCCGCAUGUCGCUGCCGAAAUCUGGAGCUUACGGCAGGGCACAGGACACCAGACGGCAAUUUCUCUGGACGGCGUUCAUGUUUUCACUGAAUGCCAUGCUGCUCCUUGCCCAGUAUUUCAUCAUCACAAGCUACAUGUACCUUGAGGGGUGGAGUAACAUUCUGGCGGGAAUAUUCCUUGGCUUCGGCACGUCCGCUUCAGAGUUGCUGGCUGUCGGCUGCAUGGAGCUGGUUUACACGAAGCUCAUAUGGCCGCGCGCUGGAGAUGCGAAGCGCAUCAUCUACGGCGACCAGCAUCUACUCGUCUCUAUGAUGGCUAGCUGGGCCCACUCCCUGUCCGAGGGCACCCGCCUGGUGAGCCUCGUCAGUGUCGCUGUGCGUAGCCCUGGCUGGCGUUGGGAUUGGCUCGGCAGUGUGCUUUUCAUAUUCAUGAGCAAUGUGGUAGUUCGACAUGGGUAUCACCUCACUUUGUACACCAGGGUUGUGCCAAAGCGCCUGCAGACCUUUGUCAAGCCGGGCUGUUAUGUCAUAAUCCACCGCCAUUCGCGUUUUUCCUGCGGCUAUCACCGUUUCGUUUUCUGUUUUGGCUACAUGGCCUACCGCCUCAUUUGGCUCAGCGGCCCUGAUGGCCUUGCAGCGCCAUUUUUCAACGCACACAGCCUGGUGCUUGUCUUCGUUAUCUUCAUGGCAGAGCUCGUGGAAGAUGCUCUGUCGCUGCUUCGACUGCUGCCCUUGGAUCCGUGGCGCGAGAACAUGAAGCAUGCUUAUGAGCCGCUGGAUCCCUUUCACCCCAAACAAGCCAUGUGCAAGGAUCGGCGUGGGACCCACGUGAGGCAGGCACCGCUGCGGCUUCAUGGGACGCGGCCUCAACACGUGUCGCAAUCGCUGGCAAUGAUGCAAGUUAGCACCAGCAUUACAGCUAUCUCAUGCUUUCUGUACGUGGGUGCGGGCUUUUGGUUGGGACUAUGCCCUGACCCGAUCCCGUUGUCACUGAGACUACAGGAUUCAUUUUGGUGGUCGCAGCCACUGACUUGCUCAUGA